GGGCCCAGGCAGCGGCCUGGGGCCUGAGCUUGUCAUGGAGGCUGCGGCUGCGGACCCCACGGUGUUCAGGGCCGCCUCGCUGCCCCGGGACCCCCGGCUCUGGCCCCCCCUGACCAACGCCUACCUGGGCACCCGCGUGUUCCAGAACAGGCUGCACGUGAGCGGCCUGUACAACGGGGCGGCGGGGGACACGCACCGGGCGGCGCUGCCCAGCCCUCUGAACGUGCGGCUGGAGGCCCCCGCAGGGGCCCGGGAGCCACUGACCAGCAGCUUUGCGCUGGACACCAACACAGGCUCCUUCCUGCACACCAUGGAGGGCAGCAGCUUCCGGGCCUCCCAGUGCCUCUACGCCCACCGCACACUGCCCCACGUCUUGGCCUUCUGCGUGUCCAUCACCCGCCUAGACACAGGACGGGAGCCCAUCUCUGUGUGGCUGCGCUCGGCCUUCUCCCCAGAGAGCCCAGACCUGGAACUGCAUCUGGGGCCUGACUUCCAGGGAGCACGGUCCCUAGGAGGCUGGACACUCACGCCUGAGCAGCCGGGGGGUCCACGGCAGGAGGUGCACAUGCUCUGGACACCGGCGCCCCCCGUGCUGACCCUGGAGCCAGCCGCGAGUGCAGCCGCCUGGGACUUCCUGGUGGUGGUGGCGGGCAGCCGCGAGCAGGCCCAGGCCCGCCUGCUGGAGGCUCUGGAGCUGCAGGCGGCUGGCCGCUUGUACAGGGCCCACACGCAGGCCUGGGCCCAGCUCUGGGAGGGCUGUGGGCUGGCCGUGGGGGGGCCCCUGCCCCUGCGCCAGGCCCUGCGGGGGGCACUGUUCUACCUGCUCAGCGGCCUGUCCCCACCUGGCUCCCCGGGGGACAUCUGCCACGGCCUCAGCCCUGGAGGGCUCUCCAACGGGCGCAGAGGGGAGUGCUACUGGGGCCACGUCUUCUGGGACCAGGACCUCUGGAUCUUCCCCAAUGUCCUGCUGCUGCACCCGGAGGCUGCCAGGGCCCUCCUGCAGUACCGCAUCCGGACACUGAGGGGCGCCCUGCAGAACGCCAGGGACCUGGGCUGCCAGGGGGCCAAGUUCGCUUGGGAGAGCGCAGGCUCAGGCCUGGAGGUCUGCCCGGAGGCGGUGUACGGCACCCAGGAGCUGCACAUCAAUGGGGCCGUGCUGCUGGCCUUUCAGCUCUACUACCAUGCCACCCAGGACCUGGCCCUCUUCCGAGAGGCUGGAGGUUGGGAUGUGGUGAGGGCCGUGGCCGAGUUCUGGUGCAGUCGUGUGGAGUGGAGCCCAGAGGAUGGGCAGUACCACUUGAGAGGAGUCAUGCCUCCAGACGAGUACCAUUCUGGAGUCGACAACUCUGUGUACACCAACGUGCAGGUCCAGAACAGUCUGCGCUUUGCAGCUGCCCUGGCACAGGACCUGGGACAGCCCAUCCCCCCACAGUGGCUGGCAGUGGCUGACCAAAUCAAGGUGCCCUUUGACCCCGAGCGGAACUUCCACCCAGAGUUUGACGGGUAUGAGCCAGGAGAAGAGGUGAAGCAGGCAGAUGUGGUGCUGCUGGGGUACCCCGUCCCCUUCUCACUGAGCCCCCAGGUUCGCAGGACAAACCUGGAAGUUUAUGAGGCUGUGACGGACCCCCGGGGCCCAGCCAUGACCUGGAGCAUGUUUGCAGUGGGCUGGCUGGAGCUGAAGGAGCCGGGCCGGGCUCGGACCGUCCUGGACAGGUGCUUCAGCCACAUCUCUGAGCCCUUCAAGGAUCACAGCUGCCGGUGUGACCUUCGACCCCGAGUGUCCCGCCGGGGUGUCUGGGCUCCGUGUCACCGGUGUGUCCUUCCUGGGGAGCAAGCUGGACUUCUCCUUCUGCGAGGGCUCCGUGAGCAUCGGGGUGUCGGCCGCGGGGCCCCAAGCUCCCCCCCUGGAGGUCCAGCUGUGGCCGUCCCAGACCCGGCUCCCCCUCCCCCCUGGACACAGCGUCUCUUUCCCCCGCUCUGCUGGCUGCAUACAGCAGCGCCUCCCCUAGACUCCCAGCUGCCCAGCUGCAUCCCAGGAUCCACCACGCCCUUCUGCCCAGUGACUGGACUGUGGGCACCCGGCCGAGCCCUGGCCACAACACCCUCGCCUGCCACACGUUUCUGGAGGAGGGGAGCCCCCGGCCUCUGACCCAUGCACCCCCUCCACACAGACUCCUCCAGCACCCCGAGGGGCUGGCAUGGGGGCACGGUGAGGGGUAGGGAUGGGCCAGGACACGGCUGUGACAGGCGGUGACCCUGAGGGCUCCAGGGCCCCAGGGUCUGCCUGCCCACGUUGCCAGGAUUAAAGUUGCUCUGGAAAGUGUA